GGUGGUUUCUCUACCAUGACCAAAAUGCAAGACGGCGAAGACGAGUUGGAACUCUACGCCCCUAAUCCGGGCGUGCGCGGCAUGACGUGCCUGGACCGCGAAGCCUUCAAUAAAACAAUAAACGUCCCCGCGAUUAAAGUGAGGAAGGAGGUCAUAAACCCGCUGAUGAAGUCUCUCAAACCCAGACUGAUCCAGCGGCCGAACAUGAAGAGGGUGGUUGAGGACCCAGCGGACGACGUGAACAAGCUGGUCCUUUUGGACCCCUUCAAAGUAACGUCGGAAGAGUCGUUUGAAGAACGCGACCGCUUGCUCUUUGAAAAGUUUGACGUCGGCCUCCGGCUUACUCGCUACGAUCUGCAGCUCGCGUACGAGAACUUUAAAUGCGAUGAGAUCUUGCGGGCGGUUUUGCCUAAAGGUCAGGACGUCACGUCAGGCUUCAGCAGGGUUGGCCACAUCGCGCACAUGAAUCUGCGGGAGCACCAGCUUCCCUACAAGAAUUUGAUUGGACAAGUAAUACUGGACAAAAACCCCGGGAUUACCUCCGUCGUGAAUAAAACCAGCACCAUUGACUCAACCUACCGAAAUUUCCAAAUGGAAGUGCUGGCCGGAGAAGAGAACAUGAUAACCAAGGUUAAAGAAAAUUACAUCACUUAUGAAUUCGAUUUUUCCAAAGUCUACUGGAACCCGCGUCUCUCCACGGAGCACGAACGUAUCAUCCAGUCUCUGAAGGCCGGCGACGUUCUCUUUGACGUUUUCGCCGGCGUUGGACCCUUCGCUGUCCCCUCGGCCAGGAAGAAUUGCGUUGUGUUCGCCAACGACUUGAAUCCGGAAUCCUAUAAGUGGUUGGUGCACAACUGCAAACUGAACAAGGUGGACAAAAAAAUCCAGGCGUUCAAUAAAGACGGCCGAGAGUUUAUCAAGACGACGGUGAAGGCGGAAUUACCAAAGUACAUGAAACUGUUUUCCGGUGAAAGAGAGCGCAGCCUCCACAUCGUCAUGAAUUUGCCGGCCUUGGCUAUAGAGUUUCUUGACGCCUUUAGACAUUUACUUGGCGAAGAGCCGUGCGACAAUCCGAUGUUGCCGACCGUGCAUUGCUACGGGUUCUCCAAAGACGACAACCCUGAGAAAGACAUUAAAGAGAGAGCGGAGUCCGUCUUGGGGAGCGAGUUAGAUGACUGUAGCGUGCAUCCGGUGAGGAACGUCGCGCCAAACAAAGAGAUGAUGUGCAUAAGUUUCCGGCUGCCCGCUAAGGUUUUAUUUGAGAAACAGGCCGACGCAGCUGAUGAACCCGCAUCGAAACGCUUGAAGACGGACGAGGCCCCGGAAAACUAACGCCACGGCUGCUGCCUUUAUUUUUAGUUAUAUUCGUUUAAUUUUCUAGACUUGCCAACUGUAUUUCGAUUCUGUUCCGUACAUUCCUUUUUAAAUAAAAUGUAAAAAAACAUUACAAAGAAAA